AUGAAAUUCCUGAUUGCCUUGUUGGUAUUUGUGGCUGCAAUGGCCAGCGCCUACUGCGGUGCCAUCACCCUGGAGAGCGAAAACGAUCACCUGAACGUGGACUCUGAUGCUGGUCUCACACGUAGAGCUCGUGGUUAUGGCGGCUAUGGUGGAUUCGGCGGUUUUGGCAGACGUGGUUUCGGCGGUGGUUUUGGUGGCUUCCCCGGUGGCGGUUAUGGUGGCUUCCCCGGUGGUGGAUAUGGUGGAUACCCAGGCGGUGGUUUUGGUGGCGGUAUUGCCAGUGCCCAGGCCAGCGCUCAAUCCAGUGCUUUUGGCGGUGGUCUUGGUGGCUAUGGCAGAUAA